AUGGGUUGUUCAGCUUCGAAAGCAUCCGAAGUUGUGGUCCCCAUGCCGACAGAAGUUAAAGACAAUUUAAAAUCGUCACCUCAAGAAGAUAACAAAACUCAAGAACUGAAAAUCGAAGCAGAAAAGAAAACGACCAGUCAUAAGAUUCAAGUGAAAGAAAGAACUGAGGACAGCUUGCAUGGAAGCCAAUGCAGCUUGAACUCGAACUCGGAUUCUUCCAGAUCUGAUCGUGAAAGUUCUGCUAGAUCUACGAGAACAGACGACAGUGGCUUAGGAGAACUUGAGGACGAUCCAAAUAUUAUAACGGAGAGUUCUGCUACCUCUGAUAAGCAGAAAAUGAUAAUAGCGGAAGAAAGACCUCCGACUCCAGGUUUGUUUUUGUUUGAACCUAAAUAGUUUGCCAGCAACAGCGGCAUUCCCAAAAGUGUUGGGGAAACGUGCAAGUCAUAGCGUGCUGGCUAGGAUGCAAAAUUGCGAAAGCCUAGAGUUACGUGUAUUUUGUAAAAGCAGUCGAGCGAAACAGAGCGGUCACGUAUAUAAUAAUCCAGUUUACAUAAAUUCAUUAUAAAACAACUGUUUUGGCCUUUGUUUAUUUUGACAACACGUGUGGUUCUAGAAUCCAUGAUGUAUUCUAGCACUGGAAGAAUAAAACUCACUUAUACAUUCUCUAUUCUAUUUUCUCUACUUUUUUCUUCUUUAUAAUAUCUCUGAAAUAGAAUUAUAAUGCCAAAAGUUUUUGGCUUGAAAAAUACAAGCUGAGAUAUCCAUUUCAAGUUUCUGUUUCCAGUGGACAUGAUGGAGGACAAAUUCUUUUCUUGUCUUGAUAGAUCACAUAGUAGAUAUCCAUCUUGUCGUUAUAGUCUAAGAGCCAAAAGCUAUGAAGACAACAACUUCAACUUUAUUUUGUCUUUUCUCAACCAGAACUCAGCAUCGAAGGCACCAAAGUAACAAGACGUAAGAGCUUAAAAGACAAGAGAGUUUCCUUUUCAGAGAAGCAGGAAGAAGUUAGAAAUAGAAUAAAUUCUCUUUCACCAAUGGGAGGUGUCACAGAGAGACCACAGAGUAGAGGGGGAAUUUCAUUUGAUGUUAUGCUUUGCCCUGAAACUGGCAAUGUAAAAAGAAGACCUCAGCAUCUUAGAAAACUGGAAAAAAGAAAGAAGAAAAGUGGUCGAAGAACUAAAGAAGAAAUUGACGAAAAGCUCAGGCAUGCAGACGACCGGAGAAAGGUAUAAAACCACCACUGGUAUCCCUUAAAGUAAUAUUUCCAGUAUGGGUCUACAUUCUGUGGAGGCCAGAUAGCUUGUUCACAGACCCUCUAUUUUCUCUUCAGAGAUCACAAAGCUUGCGUAUAACAAUGAAAACUGUUGGGGAUUUCUUACUACAACGGCAAGAGGUUGGCAGUGGGAAAGGAGAAAAUAUAUAGCACAUAGUUUACCCAUGCUCGAUCUGCAGUUGUUCUUGGAGCUCACUUUCCUCAUGCACUCAUCAAAUUGUCAAGGAAAAAAAAUGUGUGAACAGGCUAGAAGCCAGCCUGAGUACUGACAGAUGAUCAUCCAAAACCUGUCUCAUAUAGUCAUCUUGUUUUAAUUUGGUAAAUGUAAAGACCAAAUGUAAUGACAUGAAAGCUCUUCAAGUGUUUUUCAUAUGAUCUUGUAUUAUGCAUAACAGUAAUAAUACAUACACAGAGAGGCUUUGGUGCUAUUUUGAAGUGGUAACUGUCUUUCAUUCUAAUUAAAUGAACUUUUUAUCAUCUUUUUAACAGGAGAAAGAACAGCAGUUGGUAGAAAAAGCUCAAGCAAUGAUGUCAAGAGAAAGAAUGAACAAGGCUUUAGAAGAUUUUGCACAAAGACAAAUUAACAAGGAACAAACAGUUACAAGUUAGGACUCUUAUAAAAUUAAAAUUAGGUUACUUUUUAAAUUUAUUUCCAUUUUUAAAUUUACAAGAAGAGUGCUUUAAAUUUGUGUGAUAUACCAUGGUAUAUUUUUUUAACCUUAACCAGCUGGUUGUUUGAGUGGCGGGUCUAAAGUACAGGUCACAUUCCAAAGGUCAAGAGUACAGGUCGCUGCUCCAUUGAUAAAUUACCAAACCAAACAGAUUCCCCUCGAUCUAAUGAAGCAUUUUUUAAAGAGAUUAGGGCUAGGAGACACUUAAUGCUGUUCAUAGAUCUGUAUCUUGGGGACCUGUACUGUGUCAGUAAACUCUCUCUUAACAAACACCUUGCUAAUGGACACCUAGAGUUGUACCCUGCCUAUCGUUACUCCCUUUAUUGAACUCUCCAUAACAGGGAAAUCUGUCAAAGACGGACACUAAGAGCCAGACCCAAAGGCGUCUGCCUAAGAGAGAGUUUACUUUGGUUACUAUGACAAGUAGUAUGUUAGAUUUCAUAUAAAUUAAUUUACAGUUUACCCAGGAUGAAGGCCUAAUGAGGCUUCAAAUAUCUCAGCCCUGGACUCUCUUUCUUAUAUUUUUUAAGUGUAAACUUGCCAAACGGUGAAAAGAAGAAACAGUUCAGAAAUUAUGGGCCAUUCUGUUUCUUCCUUGCUACUAUUUGUAAAUAGAAAUAAAUUGUACAGUAAUUCAACUUCUCCCUUUCACAAACAAGUUUGGGUGUCCUUCAUGUAAGUUUCACUAUAAAACUCCACAAGAACAAGUGUUACACUAGCCUGUGUAGCUGGCGAUUUUUGGUGUGCUUUUCUGCCCAGUGUGUGUUGUGGAGACAACUGCACGCGAGGUCAAUAGAGAAAACAAUGGGGGAGGGGGCGAGGAGGAAAGAGAAAAACGCAGGCUAAUGUUACUCCUUUUCGCAAAUAUGGGUCGGGAAAGAUUUUGGGAAUUGACACAUAUUUUUUGAAGUCACUAUGAAAAUUUUUAGUUGCUUAAAAAAAUACUUAUUGUUUCUAGAAGAAGCUGUUUUAUGUAAAUAUGAGUGUACAAUUUGCUAAGUUAUUGACAGAUCUUAAUAUAAUAUUUUAGUAUAUUAUGAAAAUAGCUGUGAGUGG